AUGGAUACUGAGUUGAUUUUAUGGGAUGCUGAUGAAUUGAAAAAAAACAUAAAAUCAACUCAGUAUCCAUUUACUGAUUAUCAACUUGUCACAGAAGAUACAUGUACUGCAAAAACACAUGCACUUGGAAUAGAAGCUGAACUAAAAUUAGGAGUAUUAAAUGGAUUAGUAUCUGUAUCGGGCGCAGCUAAAUAUGUUGAUGAUCAAAAAACAUCAGGUACACAAGCACGUGUAACAGGAAAAUUUAUAAUGCUAACACAAUAUGACGAAUUAACAAUGUCUCAUUUGGCAGAGAAAAAAAUCAAAUAUACAGAUGUUCUGAAUCAUCCAGAAAUAAGUGCAACACAUGUUGUUACUGGAAUCCAGUAUGGUGCUGAUGCGUUUUUUAUUUUUGAUCGAACAGUAUCCAGUGACGAAAAUCAUAAAGAUGUACUAGGUGAAUUAAAAAUAUCCGUCGAAAAAAUACCAAAAUUGACAGUGAAUGCUGGUGGAAAAUUCAAUUUCAAUGAGAAUAAUAAAGAAACGAGUGAUAAAUUAUCAUGUAAAUUUUAUGGUGAUUUUGAAAUUGAUUCUAUUCCGACAACAUUCGACAAUGCCGUUAAACUGUAUUGUGAAUUACCAAAGCGAAUCAAGAAUAGUGAUGGAAUUUGUGGUGUUCCAAAAAAGGUAUGGCUUCAUCCAUUGAAAGCAUUUUCACAAUAUAAAAUAGCAAAGAUUGUGCAUAAUAUAUCGUCUUGUUUAAUUGAUUUGUCUGUAAACCGAAUCGAAAAACUACAGGAACUUGAAACCAAAGCAAACGAUUUAAAAAAUCAAUUUUCAACAUUGAUGGAUGAGUUUUCAAGUAUUAAAAUACAACUAGACCACUUUACUGCUCGACUAUUAGAAUUCGAACGUAAAUACAAAGAAGAUAUACGAAUUUUAUUACCUAAAAUACGUGGUGGCGAAGAAGAGUCAUUAGCACUCGACAGACUUUCUCAAAAAAUUGAUAUCUCCCCUUUUAAUACUCAAAAGCUUGAAUCAUGGCUUGCUUCAAAAGAAAAAGAAUUAGUAGUUCUGCAAACAUGUGUAUCAACAUUGAAAGAAGAAAAUAUCUCAAUAGUAUCUAUUCCGAUCCAGAGUAUUAUUAGUGAUAUUCGAUAUGAUUUUCUUUGUAAUUUAUGUUUUCAUUUUACAGAAUUAAAUGAGCCACAGAUUUCUCAAAUGUUUGAUUAUCUUUAUUCUCAAUCUGAAAUUAAUAGUUUAUCUACUACUUAUGCAACUACCGACAAAGUAUGGUACCAAAGUCCAGAUAUUAUUAAUAAGAUUCGGUAUGAAUUAUGCCAAUUUAUUGGAUUUGCUAAGGUCAACAAAACAAAACCCAAUAUACAUUUUUUCGUCAAUGAAAGUUAUGCAGACGAUUAUAAUCAUGAGAAAGGGGCAUCAGUUAUGUUAUAUAAACAUGGAAUGCUCGAUGUAUCAUUUCAAAUACCAUCUCAACCUGGUAUUCCACAUCCAAUUGUCGUUACAUCUAAUAGCAUAACAUUGGAAUGGAGUAGACCCAUACAUGGCUAUAAGAAUGUAACAAAAUAUAAAAUUUCAUAUUAUAUUCAUCAAAAUGAACAAGAUACUAAGAGAAUUAACAAUUGGAAUGAAAUCGUCACUGAUUCAAUGGUUGAAUCGAAAAUAAUUUCAAAUUUAUCUGAAAACACAAUUUAUGUAUUCAAAGUACAAGCUGUUACAAUAGCAGGUGAAAGUGUGGCUAGUGAUAUUAGUUGUCCAAUUGAAACUCCCCGUUUACCAAGAGAAAAAACUGCAAGCAGCUUGGACUCUAAUGUAAAAAUAAGGAAAAAAAUUCAAAGAAAUGGAUAUCCAGAUAUUCACGAAGUAGGAUAUCAACAAGAAAUAAUUAAUCAAAAUUUGUUAUUACGUAAAUGUUUUAUCGGUGAACGGACUUUAUUAAAUGGAUAUCAUCCACCGGAAAAGAUUAUUAUGAUAGUUGGUGCGACAGGAGCUGGAAAAAGUACAAUGAUUAAUGCAAUAGUUAAUUUUUAUUAUGGAAUACGAUGGAAAGAUGAUUUUCGUUUGAAAUUAAUUACAGAAGAAGAUGAAGGAAUCAAUGGAAUUGCACAAAGUCAAGUUAAAAGUCAAACUAAAUUUAUUACUGCUUAUACACUUUAUUAUCAAGUUGGUUGUCCUGUACAGGGUGGUAAAUAA